ACUUCAUUAUUCUACGAGUCCUGAAAGUUCCAGCCGAUUUGGUGAAUGUUGUGUAUAUCGUGUCACAAGUCCCAUGGAAGCACCCCAAUACAUCUCCAUAUGAACUCACAUUUGGUCGACAAGCAAAUCUUCCAGCUUAUCCUCCAGCUACAACAUACAUACUUCCUGAUCCACAUGAUUAUCUUCGACAAUUAACACGUGAUUUACAACAUUAUCAUCGAACAGCUAAACAAAUUAUUCUUAAACAACAACAAAAAACAAAAUCUCGUUAUGAUCGUAAUCGUGCAAAUCCUGAAUAUCCAUUAGAUCCAAGAUUUUCAAUCAGUCCAAAAGUUAUUAUUGAUAAGAAUCAUCCAAUUUAUACGGUUGAAGAUACAAACACCAAAAGAAUUAGUAAAGUUCAUGUUGGUGAUAUUCGACCAUUAUCAAUUUCUUACAAUUAA